AUGGAUGUGCAGGGUGCCUUUGAUGCUGUGCUGCGCAGGCGGCUGCUUCAGCGGAUGGCGCAGCAGGGGUGGCCACGCGAGCUGCUGCAGCUCAUUGACAGUUUCCUCACUGAACGCAGAGCUCAGGUCCGGCUGGAGGGGACCACCACAGCAGCACAUCAGAUGCAAUGUGGCACGCCACAGGGGUCUCCUUUGUCACCAAUACUGUUCCUUCUGUACCUGGCAGAGCUGCUGUGGCAAAACUCGGAGUUGCGCUUUGGCUAUGCGGAUGAUCUGAACAUCUGGCGGGCGACCCACUCACUUGACAACAAUGCCACCCUUCUCAGACAGGAUAUACAGAGUAUUCUGAGGUGGGGGGAGAUAAACAAGGUGGCCUUCGCACCAGAGAAACUUGAGAUGAUCCUUCAUGAAGAAAGCGACACAAUGAGGCACCAGCAGUAG